AUGGGUAUGAGGAUCCGCUUCCGCGGGUGGGUAGCUGGAGAGCCUGGCGAGAGCGGCGUGGCGCUGGCGUCGGGCGAGGCGGUGGAGAACGAAGGCCUGCUUGGCGCCGACGCUCCGCCCCGCGGUCAGCGAUCCGCUGAUGCCCAACGCCCGGCGCCGCGCGCUUCCUGCUGCCGGGGGGCGGCGGCGGGGCGAUGGCCCGGACUGGCCCAGAGCAGCUGCCCUCCACCUCCACCUCCACCUCCACCUCCACCUCCACCUCCACCUCCACCUCCACCUCCACCUCCACCUCCACCUCCACCUCCACCUCCACCUCCACCUCCACCUCCACCUCCACCUCCACCUCCACCUCCACCUCCACCUCCACCUCCACCUCCACCUCCACCUCCACCUCCACCUCCACCUCCACCUCCACCUCCACCUCCACCUCCACCUCCACCUCCACCUCCACCUCCACCUCCACCUCCACCUCCACCUCCACCUCCACCUCCACCUCCACCUCCACCUCCACCUCCACCUCCACCUCCACCUCCACCUCCACCUCCACCUCCACCUCCACCUCCACCUCCACCUCCACCUCCACCUCCACCUCCACCUCCACCUCCACCUCCACCUCCACCUCCACCUCCACCUCCACAUCCACAUCCACCUCCACAUCCACCUCCACAUCCACCUCCACCUCCACACCCACCUCCACCUCCACCUCCACAUCCACCUCCACCCCCACCUCCACCUCCACCUCCACCUCCACCUCCACCUCCACCUCCACAUCCACCUCCACCUCCACCUCCACCUCCACCUCCACCUCCACCUCCACCUCCACCUCCACCUCCACCUCCACCUCCACCUCCACCUCCACCUCCACCUCCACCUCCACCUCCACCUCCACCUCCACCUCCACCUCCACCUCCACCUCCACCUCCACCUCCACCUCCACCUCCACCUCCACCUCCACCUCCACCUCCACCUCCACCUCCACCUCCACCUCCACCUCCACCUCCACCUCCACCUCCACCUCCACCUCCACCUCCACCUCCACCUCCACCUCCACCUCCACCUCCACAUCCACAUCCACAUCCACCUCCACCUCCACCUCCACCUCCACCUCCACCUCCACCUCCACCUCCACCUCCACCUCCACCUCCACCUCCACCUCCACCUCCACCUCCACCUCCACCUCCACCUCCACCUCCACCUCCACCUCCACCUCCACCUCCACCUCCACCUCCACCUCCACCUCCACCUCCACCUCCACCUCCACCUCCACCUCCACCUCCACCUCCACCUCCACCUCCACCUCCACAUCCACCUCCACCUCCACAUCCACCUCCACCUCCACCUCCACCUCCACCUCCACCUCCACCUCCACCUCCACCUCCACCUCCACCUCCACCUCCACCUCCACCUCCACCUCCACCUCCACCUCCACAUCCACCUCCACCUCCACCUCCACCUCCCACCUGCCCCUACCCUCCACCUCCACCUCCACCUCCUCCUCCUCCACCACCACCACCGCCGCACCUCCAGAGGGGGGCGCUAAGGCCACAGAUGGCCCUGGGGGUCACGUGCGUGGUCAGAACACGCCCGAGUACAAGGCGCUGUUCAAGGAGAUCUUCUCCCGCAUACAGAAGACCAAGACCGACAUCAAGUCCACCAAGAAGUCCGGCAAGUCGGGCAAAACGGGCAAGUCCAGCAAGUCCAACAAAUGAGGUUUUAGAGAAAGGGCUGGUCAGUAGGAUGAUAAGAUAGUUUGGGACCCUGUGUCUCCCCAAAGGGCUGGUCAGUAGGAUGAUAAGAUAGUUUGGGACCCUGUGUCUCCCCAAAGGUAAGAAGAGAGACUCACUUGAUUAAUGGCUUGCUGUCGGUGCCGGGAGAUGAGCCAGCGCUCUGUGACUCCUUGAGUAGCCACCUGUGGAAUGACAGGUAGUCGAUCGCAGGUACCACCACACCUGUGCUGAGGUGAAACAGCCUGCAGGUGUCCUAUUAUUAAGUCAUCCUCUAAUGGGCUCCACCUCAGGGACUCAUCUCUCCACAGCGAAAAAAACAGCUUAUGAAAAGACUAUUAAAGCUAUGACAACUUUUACAAAAUUAAAUGAAUUAAGGGAAUUAAAGGAGUGGUCUUUCAGUCAAAUUUACGGCAGAGUCUAGGCGGACUCACUCAAGACAGACACACACUCCUACGUGAAGUAAUUCGGUGGUUAUAAGUGACACAUUCAAAAGUGUCAACUUGUUAUUCAGCAGGAAAGUUAACAUGCUUGGGAGGGAACUGAAGAUGAAUGUGUAAUUUGGCCAUGAUGCAAAGACAUUAGAUUUGCUGAAGAUUUCUCAUUACUUUGACAGCUGAUAUAUACCGGUACAUCAUUUACAUAUUUGGUUAACCUCUGAAAUGACCUAUGAAAAUAUGUAACUUGGGGAUUUGAAAUGUAGAUUACCCAAGCACAGUUUCUGUUUGGUUCGUAACCAAGCAAAACUGUACUGGAAUUGAGUUCCCUGGCUCAGAACUCUAUUUGACUGGAGUCAAGCAUUUGAAAUCAUUUAUUAUUCAAAGUAACAAACAAAAUGGCCAACUGUAGGCAUUACUGAUCAUCUUUGCCUUUGCAUACAUGACUACGUGGAACAUGAACUUAAAACCACUUGUGCUGACUUUCACAUUUCAGGACAAUCUGAUCUAAUCUAAAAGUAUAGUGUAACCACUGACCCUGCAGAAAAUGCCAUUUUGCGUUCCUGAGGCUUUUUCCCCACAACCUUCUCUUACUGAUACAUGUGACUUAGUAACCUUUACUGAUACACGGCAUUACUAAGGUGACUUAGUAACCUUUACUGAUACACGGCAUUACUAAGGUGACUUAGUAACCUUUAAAAACAAAAUGGGCCUUCCAGUCUGUGAGACACCUUUCUGCGUUGGCAUUUUUCCGUUGAGCCGUGAUUGAGCUGAAUUCCAGCCUAAACGUGCUCUAUUUCGCUCGGCUGUGCUCUGACUGCCCUCAAGGGUCCGCCUCAGCCUCACACGCAUGCAAAUCCUCCUGAUGUGCUCGUCAGCAGAACGUGCAGGUCAACAAACAGUAGACUUACAACUUUCUUAGAGGCAGAAGUUCAUGCCACAGUAUAAGGGACAGACAACAGCUUAAGAAUUGUAUUAUUGGCGUCGGCAGAUAUGAACAUUCCUGGCAGAUGAAUCGGCAAGACUAUUAUCGACACAACCUAUUUGGGUGUCAAGGAUCAUAACAUCAUGUGAAGCAUCAUACAAGAUCUGUUCAAAUAGUUUGAAAUCUCCAUUUUUAUGAGUCUUAAGACCAAUGUGUUCAUUCUAGUGCAGGAGAGACCCUUAAAGGAAAUAAAAAAAAGAUUUAUAUCAAUAAAUUGGUAUCGGCUUUGCUAACUAGCCUAAAUGAGUUAGAAAAGGUCAACAUAUCGAAUAUCAGCAGAAAUAUCGAUAUCGUUGUCCAUAUCCAUAUUGAUAUUGAUAUCCAACAUUGUGCAUCCCUAACUUUUAGGGUCACCCCAACCCCCACCACACACACACACACACACACACACACACAUGCAGUGGCUCGGCUGUAUCUAAAAUAGUGAGAGAUGUAGCCGGGAAUUAAUGCCAACCUGUGGUGUUACAACCGCACGUACAUCCACCCUGUUCUGUGGAGGAAGUGGAAUAUAAUAUAUGAAGAAUUUGAAAGUAAUAGGAAUAAAAGGGAGUGUGAUAUGUAUUAUAUUAAGACCUUUAGAUAUCACAGAUGAAGAAAAUGAUCUGCAUCACUAAAGAGAUAAAUAGCGAUUUAUAAGAAGUGUGUUGAUUACGGGUGUAGGCCUUGCCAAAAACCAUUCCAAGCCUUUUGCAUAUCUUUUGUUUUUGUUAUAUCAUGUAGCUUAGUGUGUUUACUAAAUGGAGUUGUGUUGUUUUUACUCAUGCAUGCAUCAGAGCUGAAUGGGUUCUGUGUCUCUUAAGUUUUCUGUAAAAGAUGAGAACACACGAUGAGAGCAAAAAUUCCCACCAGAGUUCCAUAGCCUGAUGUAUUGUGCCAUAGAAUCACAGGGAAAUAAAUACAAACACACAAAUAAAAAUGUUAUAACCUGCUUAAAGCUGCUUCAAGAAUGCCUUCAGGAUGCCAUAGAAGGAUUGGACAAACACUGAUUUCCUCUUACGUGGGAUACUUGUGCCAAUUUCUUUGCCGCAAAGCAGAUAUCCAUUAGACUCAUGCGGCAUGCAGACAUUGAUACCAAAGCAUAACUCCUUCUAUAGUAUCUGAAGAGAGACUAUUUUGUGUCCAUUUUUCAUCCAUGCUCAGCUACAGUAAACAGGCUAAUAUCAUAUUAUAAAAAUAAUUUUAUAAAAAUUUCAGAGUAUCGUACAACUGGGUUCUGAUCUAACUUUGUCUUCUCUCAGUUUUCUCUCAAAUUAGACUCAUUUACUUAUAGUUACAUUUAUGUUUCAUUCCAGGAAUAUCAUUUUUAGGUAGCGGAUGAUGUUAUGGGUGGGGUUUGAUUUAUAAUGAGUUUUGAUGACGGAUUGAAAUCUGUGUCAUCCAAUUUCAGCACCGUGGUGUAUGCGUUUGUGUGUAUGUAUGUAUGUGGAUGUAUGUAUGUAUGUAUGUGGAUGUAUGUAUGUAUUUUGGUCAUUACUCCAGACCCUCUCCCAUUUGCACUUGUAAGAGAGCUGUGAGCCUUGUGUAAUCAUGUACUAAAGCAUUUAUUUACAUAACUCUAUGGUGCCUAUGUCAUAUCAUAUCAGUGUACACAAUGCUUCUUUUCCUCCUGCUUAUUGCUUUAUUGGGCUUUUUAGUGUGCAAAGCAAAUAUAAUAGCCUAGUCCCUUUCCUCCGCAUCCCCCCUCUGUAAGAAAAACUGAAGCCGUGCAUUCUUAAAAUGUACUGUACUGCUUUCGAAUCUAAACACGCUUUUAUGAAAAUACGACUCUCUGACGAUGACAAACACUUCGGAUGUAGCCUACUCAACUUUGUCCAAUGGUGAAUAUUGGCAAGAUAUGAAGUUAUAUAUUAAGUUAUAUUUGAUGUGAAAUGAUGACAGCUUGGCUCGUCAGGGUCAGCAAGUGUGACUUAAAACGACUCUGCAAAGCUCAAUGUAUCUGAUUUAAUCACUCUGUUUUGCUCUUUAUACAAUUAAAGCAU